AUGUCCUCCAGGUCCCCCUCUUUUGAUUCAAAUCUCAAGGAGACCGAGUCUCAUAUCGAAGUUGCUCUGCCUCGAGGCCCUGCUGCCUCUCAUGCUGCGAAAAGGGGUGACGCCGCCCUUGCUAUCAUCGGUGAAAGUAGUGAACGCAGAGAGAUCUCGAAGGAGGAGGAUAGAAGAGUGUUAAGGAAGAUUGAUAUCUGGUUGAUGCCUGUCAUCCUGUUGGUGUAUUUCUUACAACAGCUUGACAAGUCGUCGUUAUCGUACACCUCUGUCUUUGGUAUUGUCGAAGAGGCAGGCCUCGUUGGAAGGGAAUAUAGUUGGCUUACUAGCAUAGUCUAUAUCGCCCAGCUCAUAUGGCAGCCAAUCUCAUCGUAUCUCCUCGUGAGACUACCAAUCGCCAAAUACUUGUUCGUGCACGUGUUUCUGUGGGGAUCAGUAGUAGCUUGCUCGGCGGCUGCCCACGAGUUCAAGGGGCUAAUGGCUGCUCGGUUUUUCUUAGGGUUAUUUGAAGCAUCCGUUGCUCCCGCUUUCAUCACCAUUACGCAAAUGUGGUGGCGUCGUCGCGAACAAACGAUGCGCCUUGCGAUGUGGAUGGCCAUGAACGGUGUUACCGGGAUGGUUGGCUCGUUGCUUGCUUGGGGGUUAGGACACAUCAAGGGGUCUUUACAUCCAUAUCAGACUAUCUUUCUAUUCAUCGGCAUAUUAACCAUUGUGACCUCACCCGUUGUGAUCCUCGUCUUACCCGACUCUCCGAUCAAAGCUCGGUUCCUUUCCAUUGAUGAAAAAGUCAUCGCUCUCGAGCGUCUUCGGGCGAACAAUCAGGGCACCGAAAACAAAGUCUGGAAAUGGGACCAAGCGUUGGAAGUUCUUCUUGACGUCAAGACAUACCUUUGGUUCCUCCUUCUUUUCGUCUGUUGCGUUCCAAGUGGUGGCAUUAGCGCCUUUGGUCCACUUAUCAUACAGGGCUUCGGAUUCAAUCAGUUCGAGACUAUCCUUUUCAACAUCCCCUUCGGCUUUGUACAAGUCGUAGUCACCCUCGGAAGCGCAUUCGUCGCAACGAAGGCUAAGCUCAAAUGGCCUGUAAUCAUCUUCCUUACUCUUCCUCCCAUUGCAAGCGCCUCAGCUCUGCUUAAGCUGGGAAGAGGACCGGAGCAUCAAGCAGCAUUACUCGCGUGUUAUUACAUAUUAUCCUUCUUCAACGGUUUACAACCCAUGUUGUACUCUUGGUCCUCGCAAAACACUGCCGGACACACCAAAAAGCUCUGCACGACUGGUGUAGUCUUUGUCGCGCAAUGCGCAGGAAACAUUGUGGGCCCAUUGCUCUACCGUACAGAAGACAAACCCGGAUAUCAUCCAGGCCUCAUCGGCAGUCUCAUAUCUUGGAUUGCUCUUGCAGUUUUGACUUGUAUCACAGCGACUUACCUUGCAUACCUAAACAAAUGGCAAGAGGAAGCGAGGAUACGGAAGGGUAAACCGGGGAAGGUUGUUGAUAGGUCAUUGGAGACAUACAAGGCCAGAGACUCGAGUGGAUCUGUUGAAGGGAAUGCGAGGAAUGACCAGGCUUUCGAUGAUCUGACAGACAGGGAUAACGAGGACUUUAUAUAUGUUCUGUAA